AUGGUCAACUUGUUCAAGCGGCUUCGCAAGCUGCAAACUAUGCUCCAGGCCAAAAUUGGCACAGGUGCAGCCAUCCUCCCCAACCUCAGCUCCGCAUCAAAAGAAUUCCCAGCCGUCACCCGACUCCACCUCACAUAUGCACGCAAGAUCGACCAGGGCCACGGAGGCGCGCGGCAUUUCUGGCGUAACUGCCUUCCACGACUGAAAUAUCAUAACCCAGGCGUGCCGAUGACUGUGGCACAAACCUCCAACCAGCAAGGACCCGCAGCAUUGACAAUUUACUUCGCCGAACGGGUCGGCAGUGCCGCAACGGCCCUCGCAAACGAAAAGAAGGUCACCGACGAGCUUGCCCCGGCCCCCGACGCCAACGAGCAAUCGGCCGUUCUGGAUAUCAAGCACCGCACGUACCAGCAAAUCUGGGAUCGCGUGCAGGCCAUGACGGGUGCCAAGGUGGUCCCCGCCACUCCCGAGGAUAUCGCGCUAUCACAGAAGUUGGCAGAGAUCAAGAAGAAGUCUGGUCCCGAUCGCCAGCGUGUUGCCGCUAUCCGACAGGCGAAGAAGGAUCAGGAGCGCAUGCUCGCUGAGGCUAGAGGCCAGGUGGAUAAGCAGGUGUAA